AGGUCAUUUGAGUUCACAGCACCAUAAUAUGGUCUUACUUCCUUUAUGAUGGAUUUUAAGUGAAGGCCUGGGAUUCUUGCAAUAGUUUGUUUAUUUGUUAUUAUUGUUGAUAUUUUAUAGAGUUUAUUGAUAUUCAGACUGUGCAAUAAUAUUUCUUUGGUGUUCUCUUGAAAUCAAGAUAUUAUAUAAAACAUGUCUGAUACAAUUUGUGUUCAUAUGGACAGCAGAAGACUGGCAUGUUUUAAAAGUUGCAUAUAAUUAGUGAAAAUAAUUGUUUGUCUGCAUCAGAAAAACAUUGACAUACUUUGACAAAACAAGUUAGGACAUAAAAUUUAAUUCUAAUGGUUCAUGAGGAAAGUGGUGAAAACAAAAUAUUGGUCAUGGAUAGUGCCAUGGAUGAACGUAUGUUAUCAAACCGUGGACAUUGGCUAAGACAGGAACAGGAGUACCAUUUACAAGCCAUGCGUCUCAAACGUCAGCUGUCUAAAGUUCGCCAUGACCCAGGAAUGGUUUACAGGCAGCUAGCAGGAGCAGCUGACCAUAUUGAAAUCAUGGCUGAUGCCCUGCAGCAACAGCAAGAGGUAGCAGCCAUGCAAAACAGAAUACCAAUGACCUUCCGAGAACCUAGCAAUGCUCCGCUUAGAAAACUCAGUGUAGAUCUGAUAAAGACCUACAAACACAUAAAUGAAGUAUACUAUGCAAAGAAGAAGCGAAGAGCACAGGGCCAUGGAGAUGAAAGUAGCACAAAAAAGGGGAAAGUAAACGUGCAUAUUUAUAAUGAUGGUUAUGAUGAUGCUAAUCACGAUUAUAUAGUCAAUCCGGGAGAAAAAUGGAUGGACAGAUAUGAAAUUGAUUCUUUAAUAGGCAAAGGAUCUUUUGGUCAGGUUGUAAAAGCCUUUGACCAUGGAGACCAAGAGCAAGUGGCAAUCAAGAUUAUAAAGAACAAAAAACCUUUCCUGAACCAGGCCCAAAUAGAAGUCAAAUUGUUAGAGUUGAUGAAUAAACAUGAUAAAGAAAAUAAGUACUAUAUAGUAAAAUUGAAGAGACAUUUCAUGUUUAGGAACCAUUUAUGUUUAGUGUUUGAACUUCUAUCAUAUAACUUGUAUGAUUUAUUACGGAACACAAACUUUAGAGGUGUUUCAUUAAAUUUGACUCGUAAAUUUGCUCAACAAUUGUGUACAGCUUUGCUGUUUCUAGCGACGCCUGAACUAAAUAUUAUUCACUGUGACUUGAAACCAGAGAAUAUACUUCUGUGUAAUCCUAAACGUAGUGCAAUCAAGAUAGUGGAUUUUGGAAGUUCUUGUCAAUUAGGUCAAAGGAUUUAUCAGUAUAUACAGAGCAGAUUUUACAGAUCACCUGAAGUGUUACUAGGCAUUCCAUAUGAUUUAGCUAUAGAUAUGUGGUCAUUAGGUUGUAUAUUGGUAGAAAUGCAUACAGGAGAACCAUUGUUUGCUGGCUCCAAUGAGUUUGACCAGAUGAUGAAAAUAGUAGAGGUAUUAGGCAUGCCACCAAAAAAUAUUCUAGAUCAAGCUCCGAAAGCAAGAAAGUAUUUUGAUGUACAACCAGAUGGGACCUAUGUAUGUAAAAAACCUAAAGAUGGCAAAAAGUAUAAACAUCCUGGAACAAGGAAACUCCAUGAUAUUAUUGGUGCUGAUUCAGGUGGCCCAGGAGGGAGACGGGCAGGAGAACCGGGUCAUACUGUGGCAGACUAUUUAAAAUUCAAAGAUCUCAUUUUACGAAUGUUAGAAUAUGAUCCAAAGACACGGAUAACACCAUAUUAUUCACUCCAACAUAAUUUUUUCAAGAAGACCACAGAUGAAAGUACUAACACGCCAAAUUCUGCAUCAAACAGUCCUGCGAUAGAACAGCAGGGUGUUUCUAGUCCUACAGUGAGUUCAUCAUCAAGUGGUAGAGCCAGGUCUGAUCCAACACAUCAGCAUCGCUCGCAUUUGCAUGUGCAUUCACAUUCUGCUCACCAUGGUCAUGGCGUGCAAUAUACAACAAUGGAAUGUGAAAGUCCACAAUCAGCAUCAGGACAGUCUCGAUCACAACCUCCCAAUUAUCAACAACAGACGAGCUGGAAUGAGCGGGAUCAACAAAGUGGGAGACAUAUAACUCAUCAUCAUCAGACAAGACUAUCUCCGCCGUCUUUAUCAGGGGCGCCUUCAUCUCUUGUGCCACGAACAGUUCCAGAACAAAAUGUAUCUUAUACUGAGGGAUAUGUACAAGGUUCUUAUCCAGGGGGAAUUCCACCUGUAGACUUCAGGCCAAAUCCAGCAUCAAUAGACUCCUCACAAGUAUCAUCAGUUAAUAUGCAUGUGGCCGCGGGCUAUCCCUCACAGUUUGGACAGUAUCAGCAGCCGACAUGGACUGCAGGGGGAUUCCCCUUUUCAUUGUCAAGUAGUGCUAAUGCUAGCUUAACAGGCCAUGAAACGAACAAUCAACAUGUACGGACAGCUGCAGAAAGGGGAGAUGACUCCCCUAUGGUUGGAGUUUGUGUACAACAAAGUCCAGUAGCAAGUCAUUGAUAGUAACUUAAAAUUAGGAUUUACAAAUUAUUUCAACCAGUGGAGCCAAGCUUUGUGUGAAUACCUGUGUUCAGAUGCGCUUUCACUAAAGAAGGGAUCCGUUCACCGCAAAUAAAUGUGCAUACAUGUACGUGUUUGUGUUUCGUUGUGAAAGUAAUGAAUGGAGCGUCUUAUUGUUCAUUGGUUAAUCUGAUUAGAGGGUGUUGUCUGAGUGUGAAAGAGAUUGGUUGCUGGAAUGGCUCACACUGAGAACACUUGUAUGUUCCUUCAUCAUAGGGAACUUUGUCAUUUUGGUUUCAGUACUAUUGAGCAGUUGCUAAGACAUCUUCAAUCCAUUGUAAAGCAGAUAAAUAUCUGUUAUUUUGUGAGAUGUCUUAUAUGGUUCACCUCACCCCUCAACUGUGUGAACCUGAGAGCUUGUGCUAGCCAAGUGAAGGCAAGAAAGAAUAGAGAAGAGGUUCAUGGGUGCAGUAGUUCCUUAUUUUGUGAAAGUUAUGGAUUUGUAUGCUAUAGAAGUAUGUCAGAUUGGAAUGUGUUACUUUCGAACUAGGAAUUUUGUCCUUCUGGUAACAAAUAAAUAUCCACAAAAUAUUCAAGUAUCAAACACUAGGAAAAGUUUUGUUCAUACAUUUGAAAUCUAUGCAAGAUCAUUAAUGUGCAAGCUUUAUAAUCAUUAAAUAGAAAGGAAAAUAAGUUUUAAGUGCUAUCAUAAUAAAUUAGGUUAUUAUUUUUUUGGUUUAAAAACUAUGCAAGAAAUAGGUAUAGUGGACAUACAUUGUAAACAAGUCAUUUAAAAAAACUAGAAUGUAAAUACAUGAUAAACAAUAUAUGAAGCAAAUUAUGCAUGGCCACCCAAAAUAAGUGUUUGGUUAAUCAGUUGUUUCAAUUUUUGAAAGAGACGUGGUUGUGAAUCUUUUUUGGGGGAAAAUUGCAAAAGCAGUAAGGCUUGUUCCAGAAAAAAAGUAUGCUAAGAACGUCACAGCAAAAGUUUCUAAAGCCCCACCACCAUGAAUUUUUCAUCAUAUACUAAUUGCCAAAAUUUGAUUCAACCACCCAUAAAAAUUGACCUGCAUGUAAUUUACCUUCUAAGAUAACAUUUAAUAGAAUAACUAAAAAGUCUUACUAAGAUCAAGUGUAUUUUGAUUGACCGAACUACAGAGUUAAUAAUUUCAUCAGUUUUUUGUAGGUACUAAUGUUUUGUCAAAUCUAUAUGUAACACUCCUUUCUGUAACACACCAUAUAAAAAGUGUAUUUUAAUAAGACCAGAAGUUUUAUUUUGCAGAGAAAAAUCUUUGAACUACUGUACUAGAUCAGAUUGUUGUUACUAUAAUGUAGAGUCAUAUGGGAGAUCUUGGUAUAUAUAAAUUGUUGGGCAAUCGAUAGAGAAUUUAUUGUGUAAAUAUAUUGUUGAUUGGAGUUAAGCCCCUUAUGGUGUUAAACACUAGAGGGAGUGAUGUUUUAUUGUAGACUGUGUACAGAGUAUGUAAUUGUUAUUUAUUGAAUGAACGAUGUGAGAAAUUUUUAACCAUUCAUCUACCUUAUAUUUUAACAAAUGUUUUUAGUUUCCCCAGGUGAAAAUUAUGGUUAAGAAUUUUUAAAGUUGGUUUUAAUACACAUUUUUACUUAAUUUUUUUUUUGGACAACAUAUGGGGCUCUGCUUAUAUUAAACUUGUCAGAAGGGUUUCUGUUAUUUUAUGUAGAGAGAUUAAUAUAGUCAGGGAAAUUGUUUUUUUGUAGACAAAAGUUUGUGUCUUCAAAUAGAAAUGUGUUUUGAUUUAAAUACAGAAAUUUAAAUGUUUUGGAUUGAGUUUUGAAUUUAAAUUUCAUGUGUAUUGCUGUUUGAUGCUCAUUUUAUCAUUUAGAACAAAAAUAGGGCAGUUGAUAGCAUUCCAAAACCAACCUUUUAAAGAAUCUCAUAAUACUUUUAGGUUGAUUUGUAAUACAUUUAUUAAAAUCUAUUUUGAAAUAACAAAAAUUUACAAAUUCCAAAUUUUUAACGAAAUAAAUAUUUUAUGAUCUUUAUAGUGUUUGAUUAUUUUUAGGUUUUGUUUGUGUUUUCUCAAAUUAUUAUAAUUAUAAUUGUACAUUUAUUUUAACAUUUCACUUAAAUCUGUUCUGAAGAAUUGAAACAUUUAAUCCUGUACUAUCAGUUUCAGUAUUGUAAAAAAAAGACUUUAUAUGAGGAUUCAUGUAUUUAUGAUUAAGGCCUUGAAAAAAAAAUAUUCAUUUUUCUUAUGCAUGUUUAUGAAUAUUAACUUUAAAAACAUGCAGUCGGAUAGAAAUUUAAAAAAAAAAACUACUGUAACAAAUAUCAUCAUUUAUCCUGAAAGAAAUAAGACAGAUAGAAUUUUAAUUCGUCCAGUAAAAAGUAAUCCAUAAGACAAAUAGAAUUCAGAAGAAUUUAAUUGGUAAAAGUAAUUUGAAAAAUAGAAAUUUUCAAAUUUAAAAGUAUAUUUUUCCUUAAUCGUGUUAAUUAGAGAUGCUGAGCUGAGGAACAGAACAUUUAAUUUGAAUGACUUUUGAGAGUCUAAAUUGCAUUAUGACAGUAUUAUAGUAAAAACCUAUAAUAAAUUAAUAACAUUGGUAAGGUUUGUUGUUUUCACUUUCUGAUAUGGACAACUAUUACAGGAAUUUAUGUUUUUAACUUUAUAUGAUAUAUAUGAAUGAAUAACAAAUCGUUGAAAAGUAAUAGGACCUCUAAUUUUGGAGAACUUGUUCUUUUCUAUUUCUCUCAUUGACAUUUGCAAAUAUAAAAUGCAGAGUAGUUCAUUUAUGUUUUCAUAAAAGUUUCCUUCCAUAGAAGCAAAGAAAGUUAAUCAUAUUAGGGUAUUUCUAUUCCUUUGAAUAAUGUUGGUGUGGUGAAAUUCUCUCCACUAACUGACGAUUGAAUUAAGAAUAGAGAGAAUUGAAGAAAUUUAAAAAAAGAAAUGUUUUAUUUUGUAUUGACUAGGGUAUCCUUGUCAGUAUUAAAGAUUGUACACUACCUAACCAGACAUGGCAGGUUUUUAUGUAAUUCUGGUGAUUGUUUUUGUCACCAGCAAGGAUUUUUAAAAAUUGUGCAUUAAAUGCCAAAAAGGGAGAUAAUUGCAUAAAUGUUAUUGUUAAUAAUAGCAAAUGUCAUUAUAAUGUAAAAAAAAAUCACUGAUCAUUAAAUGUCACUGUAAAAUUGAAA